AUGCCGAAGAAACCUAUCGAUACAAAUAAACCUCGCGGUCCAAUAACGGCUUAUGCCUUAUUUGUUCGGACAUGUCGCGAUGAAUUACGCCGGAAAUAUCCUCAUUUAACUGUUGAUUAUAAUGUUAUUGCUAAAAAAUGUUCUGAUCGUUGGAAAUUAAUGAAUGAUAAUGAAAAAAAACGUUUUAAUGAUAUUGUUGAUUCACAACGUAAACGUUAUAAAGAAGAACUUGCUGUCUAUCAACAAGAACAAUUAAUUAAACAACAACAACAGGAAAAACAAGAAUCACAAACAUCAUCAAUAUUAUGUCAAACAUCAACAGCACAAUAUUUUGUUGAACCAACACAACAACAUAUAACAGUUAAUAUACAAAAAAAAUCAAUAAAAAAACGUGAACGAAAACCAAAAGAUCCUUAUGCACCAAAAAAGCCGUUAUCAGCUUAUUUUCUUUUUUGUGCUGAUGAACGACCUAAAAUUCAGAGUUCACAAACAGGAAUGUCAAUCAGUGAUACAGCACGCGAACUAGGUAUUCGAUGGAAGCAAGUAUCCGCGGAAUCAAAACUACAAUACGAAAAAACUGCAUCUGAAAAGAAACAUGUUUAUCAAACUGAAAUGGCACUUUAUAAGCAUCAAACAUCAACGAAUUUAUCACCACCAGAAACUCCUCAAACACCAUCAACACCUCAUGAUUAUCAAUUAACAUUAUCUUCAAUACCUAUGCAACAAUGUGCACAAAUACAAUUUGAUAAUAAUGAUAUAAAUGAAAGUCAAACUGAAUUUGAUACAAUAAUAAAUGAAAAUAAUGACUAA